CUUCUCCCGGGAUUAUCAAGUUUAGUUGUGCAAAGUUUCUUAACAAAAUGACCACCAAAAGCCUUAUUGUUACCUUGAAAGAAGAUGUGUCAGAUGCUGACUACAAAAAGUUCAAAGAUGACUUGAUCAAACUUGGUGCUGAGAUCACCCAAGAAUAUAAUUUAUUUAAGGGAUUUAGCGUAACUUUACCUGAGGUUCAUAGCGAGACCUUAACCUCCAGUGAACAUGUUGCUACUGUUGAACCUGAUGCUGAAGUUAAAAUUCUCCCAAUCGAGACUAAAACAGCUGCUACCUCCAAGAUUCUUGACCCAAGGACAGUUGGUAAAUAAGUGUGCUCAAACGGUAUUGGACCGAGGAACGGAUUGAUUAGAUUUACCAAAUUUUUAUUAAUUUAAUAUUU